AUGAAAGCACAUGCACAACUGGAUGAAGCUGAGGCCUGGCUCUCAGCACCUCCCGUACUCAGCGAGACUCCCAUCAUCGCCGAACUCGAAUCUAUCAGCCUUCGCAUCCGAUACUUCUUCCUCGUAUGGGCUGUCAAGACCGCCAUUGCUCUACAAAAGGCACCGGUCUAUCAAUUCCCCAUACCUACUCUCGAUAUCGCAGCGAUCGCAUGUGCAGCCAUUGACGACGAGACGCUGAACAUCGACAAAUCCCGGGUGGUCAUGGGUGGCUUCAGUGCUGGGGGUUCACUGGCACUGACCUCGUGCCAACUGCCUGAGCUGCAGGGCCUGAUCAGAGCAGCAGUGUCGUAUUACCCUGCGGUUGACUGGAGUCAUCCUCCUCCCGUCAAGUGGGCCCAUCGCUUGUGCACGGAGAAGAAGUCGGAAUCACUUAACACGGUCGGCCCAGCUCUGAACUGGGCCUACGUACCUACGGGUCAGGACAGAACGGAAAAGCUGCUCAGUCCCACUUACGCGACCAAACAAGAACUUCCCAAGUGGGUCUGUAUGAUCGGAGCUCAGCAUGACAUAUUAUGUCGCGAGGCUCGUAACAUGAUCUACUCGCUGGCUGGUGAAGAGGUUCCCGAGUCUGGCUGGGAUCAGGGAUGGGAGCGACGCACGUACAAAUGGCUCCUUGCCAAGGGUGUCAGACACGGUUUCACGGACGACUUUGGCAGGAAGCAAGGUCAGAGUCAAGACGCACGGAGACAAGUAUGCGAGGCUACAUACGCAUCUGUAUACAACUGGCUAGAGACAAAGGUAUUCGUAGAAUAG